GGCUCCGCGUCCCGGCCCGGCGCGGCCGCCGCGCCCCGGUGAAGCCCCCGCGAUGCUGCGGCGGCUGCUGGAGCGGCCGUGCUCGCUGGCGCUGCUGGUCGGCUGCCAGUUCGCCUUCGUCGCCUACUUCUCGCUCGGCGGGUUCCGCAACCUCACGGCGCUGUUCGGCCGCGGCACCGGGCCCACCUUCGACUAUUCCCGCACCCACGACGUGUACGAGAACCUGAGCCGCCUCCUGCCCCCACGGCCCCCGCCAUCAGACCCCGCCAGACCCCUCCCCUUCUGCCCGGAGAGAUCGCCCUUCCUCGUGGGUCCCCUGACCGUGACGUUCUCGCGGGUGCCGUCGCUGGAGCAGAUCCGGCUGAAGAACCCCGGGGUGGGGCCGGGGGGGCGGUACCGCCCCCCGCUGUGCGAGGCGCGGUCCCGCACGGCCGUCAUUGUCCCGCACCGCAACCGCGAGAGCCACCUGGGCCACCUGCUCUACUACCUGCACCCCUUCCUGCAGCGCCAGCAGCUCCACUACGGCAUCUACGUCGUGCACCAGGCCGGCAAUUCCACGUUCAACCGGGCCAAGCUGCUGAACGUGGGGGUGAAGGAGGCGCUCAAGGACGAGGACUGGGACUGCCUGUUCCUGCACGACGUGGAUCUGAUCCCUGAGAACGACCACAACCUGUACACCUGCGACCCCUGGAACCCCAAACACGUCUCUGUGGCCAUGAACAAGUUCGGGUACAGCCUGCCGUACCCCCAGUAUUUCGGGGGGGUCUCGGCCCUGACCCCCGACCAGUACAUGAAGAUCAACGGGUUCCCCAACGAGUACUGGGGCUGGGGCGGCGAGGACGACGACAUUGCCACCAGGGUGCGCCUGGCCGGGAUGAAGAUCUCCCGCCCCCCCGUCUCCAUCGGCCACUACAAGAUGGUGAAACACAAGGGUGACAAAGGCAACGAGGAGAACCCCCACAGGUUCGACCUGCUGGUGCGGACCCAGCGCAUGUGGACCCAGGACGGGAUGAACUCCCUGACCUACGUCCUGCUGGAGAAGCAGCUGCAGCCCCUCUACACCAACCUCACCGUGGACAUCGGCACCGACCCCCGCAGCUCCCGGGGCCCCCCCGGCCCCCCCGGCAGCUCCAGCCGCUUCCGCCAGGAGAUGCUGCGCAAACCCCCCCGGGGGGACCUGCCCCUGCCCCUGGGGCUGCCAUGGGAGGCUCUCCUCGCUCUCAGCAACAUCACCCGGGGCGUGGGGACCCCCCCGGGCGCGGCCCCCACCCGGGGGGGCAACCAGAGCCUGGCACAGGGACCCCCUUAA